AUGUUGGAAUUCGCCGAAAGAAUUGGGUGGAAAUUGCAGAAGCAAGACGGAGAGCUGAUUAGCGAGUUUUGCAGCAAAAUAGGAGUAGAAAAACGGAUUUUUAAGGUAUGGUUGCACAAUAACAAGAAGAAUUCUACUUUGGGCAAGAGAGAUCAACCCACAUUUUAUGACAUAUUGCUUGAAUGUCUCAUUGACAAAAUACUAUCUUACCUUAACUAUGAAGAAGCAGCAAAGAUGAGUAUUCUCUCCAAAACAUGGUUACAGGCCUGGUUGACUCUUCCCUACUUGAAAUUCAUUGUUGUUUCUCGCAAAGAGAUAAACAUAGUGGACAAAAUUAUGGAGAGAUACAGUGACUACAAAAUCCCUAUUGUCAAGUUUGAAUUUUCCAACUUUUCAGGAUAUUAUUAUCGUGAAGUUUUCUCUCUUAUUGAUAAGUGGCAUGAAAUUGCACUUCGGCAUGGUGUAAAGGAUCUUUUGUAUAGAGGAACUUCAUCAUACCCCUUACCUAUUUCAACAAUCUUGGCAGCAAAAUCUUUAAGAGAAUUGAUUCUGACGCGUUGUAAUCUGAUGGGUAUUUCAUCAUGUGGUGUUGUGACCAACUGCAAUUCAUUGAGAAAGCUUUCUCUAUCUAAUGUAAGCUUAGACAAAAACAUGCUUCAGACUCUACUCACUAGUUGCCCCUUAAUUGUCGCUUUCAUCCUUGACUUUUGUUCGGGGUUGGAAAAGAUUGAGCUUCGGAAUCUUCAAAAGAUCAAGUCAGUUUCCAUUGGGACACGGAGAAACCAACGUGUUAAAAUCCAAGCACCAACUCUUGAACACUUAUCCUAUUCUGAGACGUGUUGUGAAGAUCCUCCUAUGUUGGAGAUUGUUGAAU